CUUGGUGCUCAGCCAUGAAAACGCUUCUCUGCCUUCGGACUGCGUGCCCACUGUGAUUUGCGCUUCCAAAGCAAACACCAGCACCGGCUUCGGCUUGCUCCGCCGCUGCCUCAGUCUCAGGCUCUCAGCUUUCCCCGAUCGACCGGCCCCUUCAUCCGGGCGCCAUUGUUCAGCUGCUCCAUGAAACCGCCGACUACUCCUACUAUGCCAACUCCGUUCUCGGAGGACUCCGACAGCGAUCAGGAUGAGCAGAAAAGUGAUGUAGAUAUCGUACAGGUGAACGACUUGUGGAUGAACUCAUGGGUGGUGUUACUUGAUCAUAUCUUUGGUCGGACAGACAAGGGUAUAGAAAUCGGGAACACAAAGUACGAUGCCUUAUUUGCUCUAUUCCAAGUAUACCUCAAUAUGAAAGACUAUGAGAAAGCUAAAAUUAUCCUAGGCGUGAUUCAGAAUUCCAAAGAACAUAGUGAAAUGGACUGGAGACCGCAUCUUCUUGAGGCUAUUCUUAACUUGACAAUGGCAGUGGAGAAGUUGCGACAAGGAAAAAUUACAGAGAAUGGUGCCAGGGAAUUGAUUGAGAAUGCCAAAGAAUCAUGGGGACGUUACAAGAAAUUGGAGGAGGGCUUCGGACUUCCAGCACCACCAGUGGAGGAUUGAAUAGGACAUAGAUCUUUCUAUGCCUUUUGUUCCACAAAUGGCGGUCAUAAUCUUGCAUGGUCAAGCAUAAUUCUGUCUCACCUGAACUCAAAUCAUGUUUCUUCUUCUUCU